GAAUGAUACGCAAACAGUAUUGGAUCAUUUUGAAUCUGCCGGGACGAUCCACUCGCUAUGGCGUCAAUUUUCUUCCCGACGUUUGGAGAAAUCUUCUUUGAGAGUUGGCAUCUUGCGUCUUUUUUGUUUCCCCAUGUGGCGAAGAAGAAUUAUCGUUGUUCGUUCACCGCCCCACCCACGGCCCAUCAAAGCAGCUGGAAAACGAGACGGCAUGGACUAGCCGUUCGCCCCGUGGAAACCCUUGGAAGGGAAAAGGGCAUCCCCUCCCCCGGCCCUGCAAGCGUCGCGACGCUCGGCGACGCCGGUGCAACGUCGUCGAUCCGCCUCUCCGCCCUUCUCGACGUCUCAGCCGGAAGGCUGAUGUUUUUCUUUGUAAACUUGUAAAUAAAAGGCCUCAAAGUGUACGGCGCCGUGGAGAAAACGUUUCACCCGUUCGAGCUGUGCAGCAGGCUUUCCCGCGUGUUCCAGCCGGGAACACUGGCCGGUAUACAAGCUACCGGAGCGGGGAAUUCCACCGGGGUGACCUGGUGGGCCAUGAUGAACGGAUCCCUCUACGAGGACAGCCCACCACCGGUCCCGCCAACAGCCUCGAGCCUUAUCUCCGUUCAGCAGCAACAGCAACAACAGACCCCAACGCCCGCGUCUCACCAACAAGCGACCACACCAACCUCGCCUGGUGCACCGGCCUCCUCGGCCACGAGCGCGCCUCCGCCGCCAACGGCCAGCGCCAGCUCGACCUCGCCGAGCGCUUCCUCGGUGGCGAGCAACAGCGCGCCAGGACCUCUCCACAUACCCGCCAAGAGGUUGACCGCGACACCGGCCGCUUCCUACGGAGAGGUCGGCUGCGUGGAUUCCGCCGCCGCGCCCGCCGCUGGACCAGCGGGCGUCAUCCGUCAUUCCCACUCAUCCUCGGCCGGAUCUCAAGGCGGCUGGAGUUACAGCCCUCAUCAUCCACAAGAAUCUCACUAUUCGUCAGCGGCCGAUUCCUUGAACCAUCAUCAAACGUACGGGGGUAAUAACCCCCCGACGUAUUACAAUCUGGCGGCCGAUCCUACCUCCACUUCCGGCUCCUCCAGGGACAACCGGAAGGCGGGCACGCUCAGCUUCUGGUCGCCAGCGGCGGCGACGGCGGGCUCGGCCACGGCCGGGUCCACAUCCGAUUACAAGUCCUACAAUUCGGCUGGAGUCGCGACCACGAGCUCCUCGACGGGAGCAGGUUCCUCUUCCGCGGCCACGGGGGCCGCGGAUCCGGCCGUCUCUUCCUGUCAUCAGAGCUUCUCCCAGAGUUGGUGCAAUUACGCGCCGUACACCACGGCCAGGCAUCACCAUCCGGUUGACACGGCCGGUCAUCAUCAUCCACAUUCGCAGGCAGGGGUACCAUAUUUGACGCCGUCCGCGGCGGACGACCGAGGAAGAGUCACUGCCGCCAUGGUCGCCGCAGAAGGCGCCUUCCCUCACGAUGGAUACGGGGGCCUCAGGAAUUACGGGGCGCCCGAACCUGUCACGUCCAGCCCGUACCCACCUCCAGUGAUGUGGGGUUCCUCCCCAUCUUCGUUGUUUCCCGCAGGUUCCCUGGCGGGAGUCGGCGUAGGUGUCGGCGUAGCUGGUAUGGGCGUCGGUUGUGGAAGCUCGAAUCCAUUGGAAUGGACUGGCCAAGUGACAGUACGGAAGAAACGCAAACCGUAUUCCAAAUUCCAGACACUUGAACUAGAAAAGGAAUUUCUAUUCAACGCUUACGUGUCGAAGCAGAAACGGUGGGAACUCGCGCGAAAUCUGAAUCUGACCGAGCGACAGGUGAAGAUAUGGUUUCAAAAUCGACGGAUGAAAAAUAAAAAAAAUAGUCAACGGCAGCAGCAGAAUAAUAACAAUAACAACAGCAGCGCCAAUAAUGCAAAUCACCACGCGGCGACCGGUAGUCACCACCAUCCGAGCGCCGCGCAUGCGCCACCCUCGAGUCAUCACGUGGUCGCGCAGGCGCACCACGCAAAUGGUUCCGCGAAGCAUCAUCAGUGACCCGUGGCCUUCUCUGGGGUCGUCUUCGGCCAUCCACACUCUAAUCACAGCUCUACAAACGGUUGCACAGGAACUGGGAUCGGGACCGGGACAGGGACAGGGACUGGGAACGCCGCUACCCAUUCCAACAGCCACGCGAGCCUGGUUACAGGUCACAGCCACACGCUUCACGCGCCUCAACCUCAAACACCUCUACCGACCCACGCCGCCGGUGCCUCGAGCACCGUCACGCCCCCCACCGCCGUCGUUCAUCCACACAUUCACGCACACGCUCAUCAUCAUCAGUUGGCGCACGUGGCUCAGCAGUAUCCUGCGCUUCUUCAUCAGACGCCUCAUGGCCUGGCUGCCUGAACUUUCAGGUUUUUUGACACCCCAGAGAAAUCGAAGGAGUCGACGAAUCAUCCAUACGGUCGAUUCGCAAUGCAGCAAUUUCUCAUCAGUCCUCGUAGUCGUCGUCAUUGUCAUUUGAAUAAUCGGCAUCCACGACAGAACGUCGGAUAGAUAGACACGUAAUCCACAUACACAUACACACACACAUACAUACACUUAUCGAACUUUGUUCAGCAGCUAUUC